UCCUACAGAUUGUUUAUGAUAAUGAGUGUCUGCGGGGGUGUUAAUUGCUUUACGACACACCCUACAAUAGGUAUGCUUUAUGUUUAAAAGUAGGGUCAGUUACGCAGAAGUCUCUAAGAUCGCGGCCGUGUAUCAGAGCGCUGUGUAAUUUUAGGCGAAUCGUCGAUUCUCGUUUUAACUCACCGCUAAAGCUUUAUAUUUUAUUUUUGAGAAUACUUCAAAGAGGAGAUGGCUGUCUGUCGUAACAGUGAUGAUGAUAUUGUGUCUAUCCCGGACAUCGUAGACGAAAUCAGGUUUCUGAACAAGGCAAGCGGGUCGAACACAGAAGUCCCGCGAGUCAGGUUUGAAAACCCCGUGCUGGGCUUGUCAAAUCUUGUAGACAAGAUCGCUGCACCCGAGUUCAAAAAUAGUGCUGCGGUUUCCACUGAACGCGGUAUACCAACGAGCUCUGGAAAAGCCAAGCGUAAAACAGUCGCUCAGGUCCACAGCGCGGGUGUCGCAACGUCUAAACGUAAACGAUCAAGAUCUCCCCCACGAUCGACAGACGAGUCAGCUGUGAAUGAACCGAGCACUAUAGACUCUUGUUUGAACUGGAAUCAGGAGCUGUUAGAUUCGUGGGACGCAUGUGUAUUUACCCCGGUUCCCGGAGACGAUCUGCCUUCAAACCAAGAAGCAUUUGGUCGCGAUGCUACUGAUGUUAUAGACAAUAACAGAGACUCGGCGGAGGUGAUACGAACCGGGUUCAAGGCCAUCGAGGACCGUAUUGGUGGUUUUGAAAAGACUUUUGCCAGCGUCACCGAGCGUCUGGACAUUAUAGAGAAGAAUCAGCGUCUUUAUAAUCAAAGUCUUGUGGAAACUUUACAAAAACAUACCAUCACACAUAAAGAAAUCAUAGCAAACCAGAGGCGUCUUAUUGGGGACAUUCGUCGCGUUGAUCACAAUCAACACCUGACGGCGGAAUUGUUAAAACAGUUUGUACAGUUAGUUAAAAACAAGAAACUCGGGUGA